AAAACCACCGGCUGCGGCCACGGAGAACGGGGAGGCUGCCCACGGCAGUGCGUUUAGUGUUUGGUGGUAUGGAUGCACAGGGGGCGGGAAAGUGCUUAAACAUUAAAAUGGGACAGCCGUUCAAAAGGGAGAAGCCGCUGUAGAGGGUGGCUGCAUCCCUGUAGGGGUGUCUCCGCCCCCAGAGAGGAUGGCUCGGACACCAGAGAGGGUGAUGGUCCCAGGUCGCAGAAGAUUCUUCUGGUCCUGACUCUGGGAUCAAUGCCGGUGGGCUGGCACCUGGACUGUGACAAGACUGGCAUUAGGGGCUGCUGAGCACCGGCGCGGCCCAUGACAGAGCCGCCGUCCUCCGCGGACGGGUUCCCGGCCGGGGCCGCGGAAGAGGCCCUGGGGGACGAGUGUGGCCUGGUCAUCCAGCAGCCUGCGGAGGAGCCAUCGCAUCGCUGCCCGCUGUGCGGCCGGACCUUCCCGCAGCAGCCCAGCCUAGUGCGCCACCAAAAGGCGCACGGGGGCCCGGGCCGCGCCGCCUUCGUGUGCCCGGAAUGCGGCAAGGCCUUCGGCAUCAAGCACAACCUGGAGGUGCACCAGCGCACGCACACCGGCGAGCGGCCCUUCGCCUGCCUGGACUGCGGCCGCCGCUUCAGCCUCAAGCAGAACCUGCUGGCGCACCGGCGCACCCACGGCGGCGAGAAGCCCCACGAGGGCGCGCGCUGCGGCCGCCGCUUCCGUGAGCCGCGCUGCCUGCUCAGCCCCGCACGCGCACCGCCGGCCCCGCGCCUGCGCCGCCCUGGCGCCCUCGGGGAGCGGGGACCCUUCGGCGUCCCGCGCUGCGGCCAGAGCUUCGGCCGCGAGGCCGUCCUGCACGCGCACCAGCGCGGACUCGGCCUGGAGCCCAAUGGCGCCGCGGCGCCCAGCGGCCGCGGACUCUGA